AUGGAGAAAGGAAAAUCAAAUGUGAUGAGACAAAGCCGAUAUUACCAUCCAGCUGUGGAUGUGUCUACGCCGGCUAACUGUUCUCUCCGGUUUCACGGCAACUUCACAGGUCCUAUUUUCUUCUCCAUAGGAGAAUCUUUGACAGAAUAUGAACUUUCUCAGGAAAAGCAAUCAUUUCGGUACUUUAUCACAAAAGCUAGUAUCCAGAUCCCGUCAGUCCUCGACUUGAGAAUUUGGACAGAGGCCAUCCCCCUGUUGAGUACCGCUUUCCCAGCAAUUCGAUACACACUUCUGGCACUGAGUGCGCAACAUGAAGUGACUAUCCGCAGCAGUCAUGGCAAUAAUAAUGAAACAUUAGUGCACGCUUUACGACUAUAUUCAUACCGGCAGUACGGCAAAGCCAUCCAAAGGUUAAAUUUCAUAUUGAUUGACGCCGUACAAAAACACGACAUCUUCCUAGAAACUUCCUUUGCGUGUUUACUGUUGGUCGUAUGCGAAGUCCUUCGUGGGGUUGACGUCGCCGCUCAGUAUCACCUCGAUGGCGCGAUCAACUUGAUCUCCAUUCCCUCAGUUGCAAAAUCUCAACUUGUUCUAGCAGAGAAUCGAUGUGCAACUUUCCCUGAUAGUUCAGAAUUGCUAAGAGCGCUUGGAUUGAUAUUUCAGCAACUUGAUCUUCAAGCAGCGGCGUUUGCGGGCUCGAGGCUUCCUAUCGGACCUGACAAUGUUGACUCGAUUACCGAGUAUUCAACACUGAGAUCUCCAGGCAACAAUUUCAAUGGUGGUAGCACUAUUGAGGAGUUACGCCAGAGCUUGUUGUCAACUCAGGUCGAGAUUUCUCGUUUCGUAGCUUCCGAAACGGUCAUCAGGUGGAAGUAUUCUGCGGAGUCGAAACGAGGCAAGGAUCAAAAGAAUGAAUUCAGAGCCGUCAAAAAGGAACGAGAUAUUCUCAUUCAGCAAUUACAGCAAUGGAAAAUCGAUUUUGACACCAUUUCUCUGGAAUUGAGUAACAUUAUCAUUGAUUAUGGGACGAACAGAAAUAUGUUACCAGAAAGGCAGCUGGAUUACCACCAGCAAUGUGCACGAAUCGUGAUGCUAUUGUCGUAUUUUACUUACUACAUUCUGCUGUCUACGUCUCUAAGCUAUGAUGAAACGACGUAUGACUCCUAUACUUUGAUAUUCGCGCAUAUCAUUGAUCUCUCGGAAACGGUUCUACAACUUGAACAACCUUCUUUCUUUUCAGAUGGCGGCAGUGAAGCUUUUUCCAGCUCUGCCUUCUGCAUUGAUAUGAAACUCAUCUAUCCUCUUUACAUUACUGCCUUGAAGUGCCGAGAGUUCAUAAUAAGGCAUCGUGCUGUCUGUCUUUUGUCGAUGUGCGGUAGAGAAGGUGUCUGGGAUGGCCGAAUGAUGGCUUCAAUGGCCCAGAGUGUCAUUUCCUAUGAGGAAGAAUAUGCAAUAAUAUUCCACGAAUAUGGUCAAAAAACCCCAGUCCCUAUGGCCGACUCCGUGAAAGAUUGUAUCAUAUCUAUUCCGGAGAAAGCGCGCAUUCAUGGUGUUGGUAUUGUGGAUAUGGAUAGGACAAAAAGACAGUUACGCAUUGCCUGUUAUAAUAAGAAUGAGACAACAACGACUGAUAAUGAGGUUAUAUGGGAACGCAUUCUGCUCGAUUUAACAUUCUCACUGUUUCUACGUGAAAACGAACAUCGGAAUGACUCUACAAGCCUAAUCCUAGCAGGCGGUCAAUCGUCACGCAUGGGUUCACGCAAGGAACUACUCAACCAUCCCAGCGGCUUACAGAUGUAUCAAUACCUCAUCAACACCAUAAGCCAGGCGUGUCCUCAACUAGAUACGAUUUACAUGUCAGUCAAGAAUGAGAAUCUCGUGCCGCCAUGGGAGUUGCACCGGACUCAGUCUACAGGAAAUAAGGUAUCAAUACGGUUUAUAUAUGAUGACAGCGAUCACGACAAAACCACACAUACAGCAAAAGACAUCGGACCAGCAGCAGGCCUCCUAGUAGCAUAUCACACCAAUCCAAAGACAAACUGGCUCAUAGUUGCGUGCGAUUUUCCGCUUCUUCAAAUCAGGACAUUGCAACGGUUGAUCGAGUCUUCUACUUCUUCUCCGGUAACAUGUUAUCGAAACUCAAAGGGGUUUUGUGAGCCGUUUCUUGCCAUAUGGUCUCCUGAAGGACUUGAGAAACUUGCGGAGAAUGUGAGACAGGGACGGACGGGGCCGAGGUUUGUGAUAGAGGAACUGGCUGAUGCGCAGAUCAUAAGUCCGGAGAAUGAGAUGGAGUUGUUCAAUGUGAAUACUGUGAAAGAGUUGCAGGAAGCUUGUCAUUUACUUAAAGAUAUUAAAUGA